CCCCUCCCUCUUCCUCCGGUGCCGGACCUGCUGCCGGCAGCCGCUACCUGUGCUGCCAUGGAGUCCGGGGAGCUGGACCGGAUCCUCCGGGAACUGCUUCUGCCGGACACUGAGCGAAUCCGCCGGGCCACGGAACAGCUCCAGGCCGCUCUCCGAAACCCCGGCGCGGUGCCCGCCUUGUGCGAGCUGCUGGCCCACGCGCCCGACCCGCAGAUCAGGCAGUUUUCAGCACUGUUAGUCAGGAGGCGAGUGAACACACGAUGGAGGCGGUUGGCAGUGGCAAAUCGGGAGAGUAUGAAAUCUCUGGUUCUGAGAGCCCUGCAGAACGAGACAGAGCAUAGUGUGAGCCUCAGCCUGGCCCAGUUGUCAGCAACCAUCCUGAGGAACGAAGGCCUGGAUGCCUGGCCUCAGUUAAUGCAGCUACUCCAGCACAGCACUCGAAGCUCCCACAUCCCUGAAAGGGAGAUGGGACUACUCCUCCUGAGUGUAGUGGUGACUUCAAGGCCUGAAGCAUUCCGACCACACCAUAGAGAUCUUCUUUGUCUACUGAAUGAGACUCUGGGGGAAUCAGCCUCCCCUGGUCUGCUCUACUACUCCCUGCGUACUUUGACUACCAUGAUACCCUACCUGGGCCCCAAUGCCUUGCCUCAUGCCAGGACUCUGGUGCCCAAGGUCAUUUUGGCUUUGCAGACAUUAAUCCAAGUAGAUGAGACAAAGGCCUGUGAGGCCCUGGAAGCUCUAGACGAGUUGCUAGAAUCUGAGUUACCAAUCACCACCCCAUACCUCUCUGAGGUUCUCACCUUCUGUCUGGAGGUGGCUAGAACCGUCACAUUGGGGGAUGCAGUACGAGUACGGGUUCUCUGCUGUGUCUCUUUCCUUGUCAAACUUAAGAGCAAGGCUCUACUGAAGCACCGACUCCUAAGCACGGUAUUGCUCACCCUCUUCCCCAUCAUGACUGCCGAGCCCCCUCCAGGACAACUGGAUCCUGAAGACCAAGAUACUGAAGAGGAAGAGCUGGAAGGAGGGCUGGAGGUGGAAACACCCAAGCAGUUUGCUGUGCAGGUGAUAGACGUACUGGCCCUCCAUCUGGCCCCAGAGAAGCUGUUUACACAGUUGAUGCCAUUGCUGGAUGAGGCCCUUCAUGGAGAAAACCUGUAUCAACGAAAGGCAGGACUUUUGGUGCUGGCUGUGUUGUCUGAUGGUGCUGGUGACUAUAUCAGACAGAGACUGCUGACCCCACUGCUUCAGAUUGUGUGCAAGGGCUUGGCUGAUCCUUCCCAGGUGGUGCGUAAUGCUGCACUGUUUGCCAUGGGCCAGUUCUCAGAGAACCUACAGCCUAAUAUCAGCAGCUACUCUGGUGAAGUGAUGCCCCUGCUUCUGGCAUACCUCCAGUCUGUGCCGCCUGGAAACACACGACACCUCUCCAAGGCCUGUUAUGCCCUGGAGAAUUUUGUGGAGAACUUGGGACAAGAGGUGGAGCCAUACCUCCAAGAGUUAAUGGAGCGGAUGCUACAGCCCCUUAGAGAACCUACCAGCCCCCGAGCCAAGGAGUUGGCUGUGAGCAUGAUGGGGGCCAUCGCCAGUGCAGCCCAAAGCUCCCUGAUACCUUACUUCCCCACCAUCAUGGAGCAUCUCCGGGAAUACCUGGUGACUGGGCGUGAGGACCUUCGACCUGUGCAAAUCCAGAGUCUUGAAACUCUGGGAGUUUUGGCUCGAGCAUUGGGGGAGCCCGUGAAACCCCUGGCUGAGGAGUGUUGCCACCUGGGACUUAGCCUCUGUGACCAAGUAGAUGAUCCUGAUCUGCGUCGAUGCACGUAUAGUCUGUUUGCAGCACUGUCAGGACUGAUGGGUGAGGGGUUGGCCCCCCAUCUACCGAAAAUCACCAUACUUAUGAUGUCAUCACUGCGCUCAACUGAGGGCAUCGUGCCCCUCUAUGACACAAGCUCUUCCUUCCUACUUUUUGAUGAGAGUGAGGGAGAAGAGGAAGAUGAGGAGGAGCUGAUGGAUGAAGAUACUGAGGAAGAGGAGGAGGACUCUGAUAUCUCAGGGUAUAAUGUAGAGAACGCAUUCUUUGAUGAGAAGGAAGAUGCCUGCACUGCUCUGGGAGAAAUCUCUGUAAAUGCCAGCGUGGCCUUCCUUCCGUACAUGGAAAGUGCCUUUGAGGAAGUGUUCAAACUGUUGGAGUGUCCCCAUAUAAAUGUCCGGAAGUCAGCUUAUGAAACCUUGGGCCAGUUUUGCUGUUCUCUGCACAAGGUUUCCCAGACUAUCCCCUCAGAGCAAAACAGUUUUGGUGAGAAGGGAGGCCCAGCACUACAGAUAGCCCUCGGCCGGGUGAUCCCAUCCUUCCUGCAGGUGGUGAAUAUGGAGCGUGAGCGACUGGUGGUCAUGUCUGUGUUGGAGGCCCUGAAUGGUGUGCUACGGAACUGUGGGUCUUUCGUGCUCCAGCCUCCCAGUCGAUUGGCCGACCUCUGCAAUGUCAUCAAGGCUGUUCUGCAGAAGAAGAUAGCUUGUCAGGACCCGGAAGAGGAAGAGGAAGAUGAGAUGGAGCAGGCAGAAUAUGAUGCCAUGCUGCUGGAACAUGCAGGGGAAGUUAUUCCAGCGUUGGCAAGUGCCUCAGGAGGAGAGACCUUCGCCCCCUUCUUUGCUGGUUUCUUACCUCUGCUGCUUCAAAAGGCAAAGCCAGGCUGCUCAGUGGCAGAGAAGUCAUUUGCAGUAGGAACUCUGGCAGAGGCUGUGCAGGGCCUGGGGGCCUCCUCAGCCCAGUUUGUAUCACGGCUGCUGCCGGUGCUGCUGAGUGCUGCCCGAGACUCAGAUGCCGAGGUGCGGAGCAAUGCUGUCUUUGGUCUGGGUGUGCUGAUGGAGCAUGGGGCCUGCCCUGCCCUCGAGCAUUUCCAUAAGAUUCUGGGGUUCCUGUCAUCUCUCAUUGCCCGGGAACAGCACGACCGUGUCCGUGACAACAUUUGUGGGGCCCUUGCACGCUUGCUGAUGGCCAACCACACAGGAAGGCCCCAGAAACAGGUGCUGACCAUGCUGUUCCAGGCAUUACCACUGAAAGAGGACCUGGAAGAAUGGGUCACUAUGGGGAGAUUUUUCAACUUCCUGUAUCAGAGCUUCCCUGAGCAGCUGAUUGAUGUGGCUCCUGAGAUCCUUAAAAUAUGCAGUCUUACCCUAAGUGCUAGCAAGAUCCCACACGACACCAAGGCUGCAUUGCUGCUGCUCCUGACUCAUUUGGCCCAGCAGCACACAGACAGAUUCCAGGCAGUACUGGGCUCCCUGCCCCCUGACAAGGCCCAGGAACUUCAGGCUGUGCUCAGUCCCACCUAGGGCCUAAAAAGUGACCUCUUGGGGCUGGGAUCAGAAAGGGAAACCUUCCCUUCCCAGGACUGCUUACUGCCUUGGCCCCAUCUGGGUGCCUGCCAAAGAUCCCCAUCCCCAGGACAAUUUAUGGCCUUAUGGGAGCCAUCCCUGGGGCUGGUUCUGUUACUGAAUUGGACUUUAUGGACAAGGGUUUGACUUCUGAUUUGAAUAAAGUCUGUUUAUUUUGGA